UAAAUUGAUCUCUAAUUUAUAAACUGAUUUCUAAUAAGAUUUGUAUAAUUGUACCUUUUUGGUUAUAUAUUUUAAAAUUAAAUACACUAGAAAAGCAUAAAAGAUUAAAUUUAUGGUGCGCUGAGCUUCCCGAAAUCUCCACCUGAAUGCAUGUGAUUUAUAUCUCUGUUGGUUAAGAUCCCAGGAAAGAGAACACUCACAAACACACACAAUUCUACUGCUUGCCACUAAGCUGCAAGGAGAACACCUAGACUGCUUCGUCUCUCGUCCACUUUCCGUCACUCACUAUUCUCCCUGAUCCUCUAUUACAGUUACUCAUAGCCUCUAAAACCUUGCUAUGUUAAACCAUCAAACACCUUCCACCACCCAUCAACCCCAGGACGAUCAAGAUGAUGAAGAGAACAUCAGAGAAAUCCACACUUUAACCCCAUCUCACACUUCACACACCGCCAAUUGUGCUCAUCGCUGAGAAGCUUUGGACACACACUGCCGCCCUCGUAGUCUCUAUCCAUGACCAACACGGAAGGAGCUUUCGGCGAGAAUUUCACCAGCAUGAGUAGGGAAUUCAGUGCUCUGGUUCUCGCAAGGUCUAGUAUUGAUCCCAACAAUGACAGCCCCAUUGAUGUGCAUGACAAUGAAAGAGGCAACAAUUUGGGGAGAAUUGGAGAAGAGGAUUUGAUGGAGGAGACGAAUCCGCUAGCGAUCGUUCCUGAUAAUCAUCCAUUGGACCCGAACACGGAGGAGGGGAGGAGUUGCUGGUGCGUCUUCAUCGUCGGCGGCGGGAGUGGGAAGAGGAGAAGAUACCUGGAGAUAAAUAAUCAAAACAUGUAUAACACUGAUGAGGAACACGCAAAAGCACGACGGAGAGGACAUAACGCUUGAAACAGUUCC